GUACUACUACUACCAUCGCACUGCGGAGAUACACCUUUUGCCAAUUUGCACUUAGGCAUCCCAGUCGGCAUGUAUGCUCCACGAUGACUCAGCUGCCGUGAGGUUUCCCGGCCUUGGUUAUUUUCUAGCUACUUCUGCGCAUUAUUUAUCACAUUCCACCUUUUCCUGCACAAAGUAAUGCACGCAGCUGGGACGUAACUUAACCCCUAGAGAAAGAGAACAUGGCCAAUAUCAUUCGUUCUCCAAAGUCAUGCGGCAAAUGGGAUGACAAUGAAUUGAUCGCAUACAACAUAACCGUCACUGCUGUACCAUCACAACAAUUCUUUCCCCAGGGAACAGAUGUGCCUCUAACCGCGGCAGGACUUGAUCCCGCACUCGCCACCGCCGACUCGUACAGCAUUAGCGACUUCGCUUGUCAGCUUCUCAUUACUCUUGGCUUCGAAGAACAUCGGUAUCGCGUGUGUCGACGGUUGGAGAUCCCGUUGGAAAUCUGUGAUGACAUCCGCAAAUUCGCGGAGAUAAGCUUGGGCUUGCAGGACCUUGGUUCAACAGAGAUGGUACCUCUUCUACAAAUGAACAAGACGCAGAUAGGUCGCUCAAAUGUCGAAGCACAUAUGAUUUCAGCAGCCAUUGCGGCCUACCAGUUCAACAAUAGCAUGCGACAAGAGAAGGGCCUGCAUCCACUUGAUGCCAUGACCAUGCCCUUGCCGUUGAGCGAUGCAGUCAUUUCCUGUCAAUAUCCGUCAGCUAGGACUGAGGUGUUGAAAUGCGAGGUCGCUAGUGACUGCAAAGGUGGCAUGGAGGCACUGGAAUACAGGCUCGUCGCCUUGCAGUAUUAUGUUGCAUUCAAAUCCCUUGCGAAAAGCCACUGGGAGAAGUUUAUUCCUUAAAACUUGAAUCACUUAUAAGUAUACGACGUGUACAACUUGUAACAUUAUUUAGAUAUCGAAACAGCCAAAAACUGCUUUUCAGUAA